AUGACUCCGAAGCGCGCGCUCUUCUCGUUAAACCUUGAUUCCGACGCUGACCACGUAUACCAACGCGUCGACGAGCACAGCAAAGAAGGCGCCGACAAAGUCAAAGUCCUCGAGACCAAAGGACCAACACACGGACAUACAGAUCUCUCGUACGUGACGAAACCGUUUGAGAAGCUUGUGAACCGGACUGUCGACGGCGUGAUUGAAGGCUCAGGCAAGAAAGUGCAUAGCGCCGAGGGACAAGUUCGUUACUCGACGGAAAGAAGUGAGAAGAAAGAGGGAAAUAGUAGGAUCAACACAAGUACGAUACAAGCGAACUCUAAGCCGCCCCCCAAAAAAAGGACCCCAAACCACACAAACACAAACACAAUGUCGAAGGAUCUUACUCCCCUCCGCAUAGCUAUCGGCUGCGACGACGCGGGCGUUUCGUACAAGAAUGCCAUCAUCAAAGACCUCAAGGCCGACGAGAGAGUCGCGUCCAUAACAGACGUCGGCGUCCCCGAGCACGCGGACAAAACGGCAUACCCGCACAUCGCCGUCGACGCGGCCAAGCUCGUGGCAGAAGGCAAGGCAGACCGCGCGGUGCUGAUCUGCGGCACGGGGCUCGGCGUCGCCAUCUCGGCCAACAAAGUCCCCGGCAUCAGGGCCGUCACAGCACACGAUAGUUUCUCCGUGGAGCGCGCUGUUCUGUCCAACGAUGCGCAGGUCUUGUGCAUGGGCGAGCGGGUCGUGGGGAUUGAGCUGGCGAGGCGGCUGGUCAAGGAGUGGUUGGGGUACCGGUUUGACAAGCAGAGUGCCAGUGCGAAGAAGGUGGAUGCUAUCAUGGAGCAUGAGAGGAAUAAUUAUGCGGACCUCGCUAAAGACUUGCCAAAUGCCAUGGGGUGCUAG